AUGUUUGUUCGUUAUACAUUAGACUUUCUUCGUAUUCAUAGUCGAAAUUUUUCUUAUCGACUUAACGCAAUUCCUGUACGGACAUAUACCAAUUUAACGGGAAUUGUUAAACCUCGUUGCGCAAUUUUGUUUCCAGGUCAAGGCGCGCAAUAUGUUGGAAUGGGAAAAGAUCUUUACGAGAAUUUUGCUUCGGCACGUCAAAUUUUUGAUGAGGCUAAUGAGGUAUUAGGAUUUGAUCUAAAAGAAUUAAUAUUUAAUGGAACGCAGAGAGAAUUGAUGCAGACGGAAAAUGCGCAACCCGCAAUAUUAACAACAUCUUUGGCCAUUCUUCGUAUAUUAGAGAGUGAAUUCGGUUUUGAUGUCGAAUCCGCUUGCACUUUUGCGCUUGGUCAUUCAUUAGGGGAGUAUACAGCUCUCGUUGCUACAAAAUCAUUAUCCUUACAUGAUGCUAUCAAGCUUGUGAGAUUACGCGGAGAAUCCAUGACAAAAGCCGUUUCAAAAUUGAAAGUUAAAACAGCCAUGUCAGCAUUGAUUGUACGAGAAGAGAAUUUAGCAGAGAUAGAAGAUACGAUAGAACAACUUAAUUUAUCUUUGCCUGAAGGUGAAGUAGUAGAACUGGCAAAUAUUAAUAGUUCGUUUCAAGCUGUGAUAAGUGGUACCAAAAACGCUGUUGACUAUGCAUCAGAAGUACUACAAUCUAAUCAUCUUGCAGCGAGAGCUUUGGACCUUCCUGUAUCUGCACCAUUCCAUUGUAAGCUGAUGCAACCAGCUGCCGACAUGAUGAAAGCAUCACUUCAAAAUAUAACAUUCAAUAAUCCAGUUAUUGAUGUCAUAUCAAAUGUGAUGGCUAGCCCGAUAAAUUCCAUCACUGAAAUACCUCGUUUGUUAGAAAAACAAGUUACUGCAACUGUUCAAUGGCAAAAGAGCAUAAAAUUCUGUAAAGAGAGAGAGAUUAAUAAUUUUAUUGUAAUUGGGCCCGCUAGAGUUCUAGCUAAUAUAUUGAAAAAAGAAUACCCAAUGGAUCGUGUUAGGUUAGACGGUGCUUUAUGA